GUAUAUAUACAGUAUAUAUUGCACGAGACGGUCACCAGCCUGUCACUUGUAAACAGUUGUUGGUCUUGGUAGGUCGUUCUCCUCUACUGCUGCUGCUUAUUCUGUCACCAUGGCAACUGUGGGCAUCACGGUCGGUGCAGCUGGCCUCGCUACUGGUGCUGCUGCUGUUGCUGGUGCUGUGGCUCUAGGUGCUCUGGGAGCUGUGGGUGUUGCUCUUCUGCGUGGUAGAAGCCCAUCACCUCCGAGGUACAGCCACCACAGGUACGGUCGUCAGGUGGAGAGCUCGCGUAAGGUGAAGGAUUCGCGUAAGGUGAAGGAUUCGCGUAAGGUGAAGGAUUCACGCAAAGUGAAGGAUUCGCGUAAGGACUCACAAGGGGAGCUGGAAGAGGCGCUUAAUGCAAUCCGGAAGACUGACGUGACCGGGUGUGGCCUGAGGCUGGUGUGUGAUCUUGCCGCCCAGGACAUUCUCACAGUAGAGGAGAUGUCUAUACUGCACGUCGUCGGGCCGGCAGUGAAUCCUGGGGAAAGGUUACCACCUCCUGGCACAUCUGUGGACUACAAGCUAGCAAAGGCAUUCGGGAGGGCAGGCGGGGACUGUGCCUACGCCUACCCCUCCUGCCCCUACAAUGGCACCCAGCUCAUGGGAAUCGUCAGGGACUACUUGCCGUGAGCAUUACGUACAGGAGCCAGGUUACUCCACCCCCCCCCUACCACCUAUACCUCGCCACAUACUCGUCUCGUCAACUUGUUCAGUGUUACCCUAAACGUCAUCUUAUGUAAUUCAAAAUCCCAACCUAAAGUUUAAGCUUUAGUAAUAUCAUGUAAACAACUCAACUAUUUUAUGUGUGAUUUAAUAAGAUAAUAAACAAUGUGUUUACAGUAAAAUGUUAAUUAUCUUUUAAGAACAUUAGCACAUUAAGGUAACAUAGUUGUGAGGUGGUAGGGUGGAGGUGUUGAGACGAGGGUGGAGGUGGUGGGGUGGAGGUGUUGAGACGAGGGUGGAGGUGGUGGGGUGGAGGUGUUGAGACGAGGGUGGAGGUGGUGGGGUGGAGAUAGUGAAAAGGAUAGGUCUUUCUGUCUUCUAAAUCCACCUUGUUAUAAUAUCACCUGACGUGAUUCUAUUAAGAGUACGUAAUGAUAAUGUUAAUAUUAUUUUAUCAAUAAUAAAUAUUUAUAUUCA